AAGGAAUCUAUAAUUACGUCUUGGCUCUCAAUCCCCAAAUUUGCAAGGGCCCUGGCCUCACCUGUUCUGGUGAGUGUGGCAAGAAAUAAUUCCAAUUUCCAAUUCAUAUUGGAUGGAGAUGGAGAUGGAGAUUGUUCAUGAUCAGCUGACGUUCUGGUGCCACGUGUGCGACAUGAGCGUGACUCUGCCGGCGACGACCGUCGCCUGUCCACACUGCUUCAGCGACCUCCUGGAGCUCAUGGACUACUCCACUCAUGCUCCAGAAGCAGACCGCCUCAACAGCCCACUCCUCCGCCGCCUGAUCCACCAUCUGUCCGCCGCCGACGUCCUUCCGCCCCCGCCCGCUAAUGUCUACUUACUGCCGGCUUCCAAGGCCUACGUAGACGUCAUCCCGACCGUGAAGAUGACGUCACGUUCAAUGACGGUGUGCGCUGUUUGUAAGGAGCAAUUUGCGGAGGAUGCGGAGGCUAAGCAGCUGGCUUGCAGCCACGUGUACCAUCCUGACUGCAUCCUCCCUUGGCUUUCUUCCCGCAGUUCAUGCCCCCUCUGCCGCUUUCAGCUCCCCACCGACGUCGACCACCCUCCAGACUCCCAACACCGACUUCAACGUCUUGUCCAUUACCGUCUUCAACUCCACGACCACCGCAACGGUGGGUUACAGUAAAAUGGUUUUGGAUGAAUCUGAAAGUUCUUAUACAAAAACUGGAGUGUAAUUCUGCAGCGAGUGGUUCCACUUUUUCUUGUUUACCUUUUUGGUUGGUUCAGCAAGUCAAUAACACAGAUCUCAUGAACGUCAAUUGUGCAUUAUUCCCACCUUCUCCCUCUCCCACUCCUUUUUAGAGCCGGGGGUUCAAGUAAUCUAUUUACCUUCUUCGCCUCCAGCAUCAGUUAAUUCAUAGAAGGCUUGUCUACGUCUGUGGUUUAUGUGGAAUCAGAGUGUUCUCAACUUCUCUGUUCACUUUAGCAGUAAACCUUUGAUCGGAAUACUCUUCCAUGAUGUAACAUGUAUUUGACACACUGACACAGGCAACGAUAUAUUUGUUGUGAAACUGAAAAGUCGCAGCUGUGCGGAUUCCAUCUAGAAUCCAAAUAACAUAUUUUUUUUUGCCGGGGUGAUGUUAUUAUUAUUAUGAU